AUGAAUGACUUGAAUGACUCUUCUUUGCUGACUCCUCGCAGAAGACAGGCCGCCACAGAAGAACACAAAACCAAGAGGAAAUACAGAGAAGAAAACAACCACAGACUCUAUCUUCCGGUCAUCGCUUCCAAGGACGGCAGAUAUGUACGUAAAGCUAUACACAGUUACAGUUAUAAAUACAAAGACUUCUCUCUGACAGUAACAGGCUCCGGCUUCCGCCCCAGCACCAGCGUCCUUCCCGCCGUCUCAGAAGAUCCUGGACUUCACUCGACCUACAACAUGAUGAAGCUUGUCGUCCUCGCCCUGGCACUGGCAGCAGCCUCUGCUGGCACCAUCUACACGCCCUCCUACCCAGGCCUCGGCCUUACCUAUGGUGCCAGCCCUCUGGUGCACCCCGGCGUCCCCGUCGUCCAGCCCGCCCCUCUCACCUACACCGUUGGAGCCGCCCCCGCCCUCGUCAACCCCGCGCCCUACCGCGUCCACACCGGCGUCAAGACCGUGGUCGCCGCCGAGCCCGUGGAGCAGCACGGCUACGUCGUCAGGUACUAGAGGCGGGGACGCCGGUCCACGUCCCCAGCAGAAGGGGACGGGGCAGCGCCGUGCCACCGACAGCUAUGCGAAACAGCGCCCUCGACUAGUGCCCUCCCGCGCGUGUGGCGAGGGAGGGCAGAGUCCUGGGUCGGGCGACGGACGUCGCUCUCAUGCCAGGAUCUUCAUUCUGUUCACUCUCUUCUCUGUCAUUAAACAAAAAUUAAU